AUGGACCAAAAUCCUCUUCCAAAUGGCUUUAAAUUAAUAGCAUUCCCUCCAAAGCAAGGAGUAAAUGGAGAUAUAUUCACAUGCAGCAAGGAUGGAAACUUGUAUGCCAUGAAAAUCUUCAAGAAAAAUGUAGAAUAAUACUUACAUGAAGUUAAUAUUUGCACAACUCUUAAGACUCAUAUCAAUAUUAUCAAAUUGAUAGAUAAUUUUGAAUGGGAAGGAAACAGAGUAAUUAUUUUGGAAUAUUGCUCAAAUGAUUUAAUUUCGUAUCUAAAUCAAAAUCCACAUUUAUCAGAAUUGGAGAGGCUGAACAUCUUUGCAUAAAUUGUAAGUGCAUUUAAAUCCAUCAUCGAAGACUUAAAUAGUGUCGAAAUGCAUUUCUCACAUAGAGAUAUCAAACCUGAAAAUUUGAUGUUGGGCAAUGAUAAUAUGAUUAAGAUCAUAGAUUUUGGAGAAAGCAGAAUAUUCGACAAUGAUAAUCAACUUCCAACCUUGAAAAAUUAAUUGUAUGGUACUCACGGAUAUAUGGAUCCAAUAAUGGAAUUUGGAGGAGAUGGAUUCUAAGAAAAAUCAGAUCUAUGGUCUAUGGGAGCGACCUUAUAUUAUAUAUUAAAAAAUGAGAGAUUGCAAAUCAAUACAAAUUAAAUCUACUCGGCAGCUAAGAUGAUCUAGCCUGAUAAGACAGCUUCGUAGAACUAGUCUGCUAAGUCAGUUUAAAAGAUCUUGUCUGACAAGAGGAAGUAGGCCAAAUUAGAUAUGGUAUAAGAGAUUAUCAAUCAAUCAUUAAUUCAACUGCCAUUCUCUGAUUAAUGCAAAGAUCUCCUGGAUAAAUUAUUGAAGGUGGAUCACAAUAAAAGAUAUGGAUGGAAUUAAUUAUUUGAAAAUGAAUUGAUAAAACAAUUAUUAGAAUCUCUACCCCAGGGAUAGAUGCAAUAGAAGAAUGAUCGUAAGAAACCAAUAAAGUUGUCAUAUCAAAUGAACAAAGAUUUUCUAUCAAUGAAUUUCAAGUAAUAAGCAGGUCCAAUAUUAACUGAAACCUUAUAUGUCAUUAUAAGUAAAGGAAAGCAUUGUGCUUCAACUGCUAAUGAGAUGUUUAGAUACUUUAAUUAAAUGAAAUUUGUAAAUGAAGAUUUUAUGAAUAAUUGGUAAAACUUUGAGAAAUGCAAUUAUUUAUUACAUCUUAGAUCUCUCAUUAUUCUAAAUCAUUACAAUUAAAUUUUUACUCUCAAAACUCCAAAAUCAGGUUAGGAAUCAAUAGAUUUCAAACUAUUUGAAGAUUUGACAAAUGGAACUUAAUAAAAUUAGUAGAUCUAUGAUAGAAUCUAAUUACAAGUCUAUUACUUAUUUGAGGAUGUCAGAAAGAGUUUGCAGGGGAGCGGUUUAGAAACAAGAAUAUUGAAUUUAACGAAACUAUCAACAAACGAUAUAAAUGAAUAUAAUGAGACAUUGGGAUUCACUGAUGAAGAAAGAGAGUAUUUUUAAUAUAGGAAAGACGAUAAAAUGAAUGUUAAAAAUCGUCCUGAUCAUUUUGACAAACCAUAUUUUUACGAGAUUUGUAAAUCAUAUCUUUUGAAAUGCAUAAAAGUUCUCAUCAAUAAUUAUGAUAAAGAUGGUGUUUCGAUUUUAAGCGAUAUGAUUAUUUCCUAUAAACUAGAAGAAUUUUAUGAGAAAUGCACUCAAAGCAAAAUUUAAAAUUACUUAUACAAUCAGACAGAACAAAAUAAAGAAGUUUUUUAUGCUAAAUUGAAAGCUAUUUAUAAUUCAUUAAUUGAGAAGUGA